CAUGCUGCCGGCGACUGGCGCCGGCGUCGGCGCGUCUGCUGCUGAGCUAGACGCCGGCACCUAGAGCAUGUCCUCUCCCGGGGAUCCGCAUCCCGCGGCUGGGGAGCAGCCGGGAGCUGGGCUGCACUGGCGGGCGGCGGGAGGCGCGCUGCUGCUUUGCGGGCUGGCGGUACUGCUGGGCUGGGUCUGGCUGCGGUGGCAGCGCGCUUGCGGCAUCCCUCCGGGGCCCGCACCCCGGCCACUCGUGGGUAACAUGGGACACUUGCUGGUGCCGCGCUUCCUGCGGCGGCAGUUCUGGCUGGGCCGGGGCGGCCAGACAGACACCGUGGCCUUCCACUUGCGCCUGGCCAAGCUGGCCAGUGUCUACGGCAACGUCUUCAGCUUAUUCAUCGGCCACAGUCUGUUGGUGGUCCUCAGCGACUUCCGCAGCGUGCGCGAGGCGCUGGUGCAGCAGGCUGAAGUGUUCAGUGACCGCCCGCGGUUGCCACUCAUCUCCAUCAUGACCAAGGAGAAGGGAAUUGUGUUUGCACACUAUGGUCCAAUCUGGAAACAGCAGAGGAAAUUCUCCCAUUCGACCCUUCGUCAUUUUGGUUUGGGAAAGCUUAGCCUGGAGCCCAAGAUUAUUGAGGAGUUCCAGUAUGUAAAAGAAGAAAUGGAGAAACACGGAGACGCCCCCUUCAAUCCCUUCCCGGUCAUCAGCAAUGCCGUCUCUAACAUCAUCUGUUCCCUGUGCUUCGGCCAACGCUUCGACUACACAAACAAGGAGUUCAAGAAGGUGCUGGAUUUCAUGUCCCGAGGCUUAGAAAUCUGCUUGCACAGCCAGCUCUUCCUGAUCAACAUAUGCCCCUGGUUUUACUACCUCCCCUUUGGGCCGUUUAAGGAACUAAGGCAGAUUGAAAGGGACAUAACCUGCUUCCUGAAAAACAUCAUCAAAGCGCAUCAGGGGUCUCUGGACGCCGGCAACCCUCAGGACUUCAUCGACAUGUACCUGCUGCACGCGGAGGAGGAGAGGAGGAGGAGCGGCGGCGGCGGCGGCGGCACCAGCUUCGACGAGGACUACCUCUUCUACAUCAUCGGGGACCUCUUCAUCGCCGGCACCGACACCACGACCAACUCUUUGCUCUGGUGCCUGCUGUAUAUGGCACUGAACCCUGACGUGCAGGAAAAGGUUUAUGAAGAAAUUGAGAGGGUCAUUGGUCAUGACCGAGUUCCUUCCCUCACGGACAAGGCCCAGAUGCCGUACACAGAAGCCACCAUCAUGGAGGUGCAGAGGCUUUCCAUGGCGGUGCCCCUGGCCAUCCCUCAUAUGACUUCGGAGAAAACAGUCCUCCAAGGAUACACCAUUCCCAAAGGCACGGUGGUCAUCCUCAACUUGUGGUCACUACACAGAGACCCAGCCGUUUGGGAGAAACCGGAUGACUUCUGUCCUGAUCGAUUUCUGGAUGACCAGGGACAACUUUUGAAAAGAGAAACUUUUAUUCCUUUUGGGAUAGGAAAGCGGGUGUGCAUGGGAGAGCAGCUGGCCAAGAUGGAAUUGUUCCUGAUGUUUGUGAGCCUGAUGCAGACGUUCACCUUUGCCUUACCCGAGGGUUCGGAGAAGCCCAUCAUGACUGGGAGAUUUGGUCUAACCUUAGCCCCACAUCCGUUUAACGUCACCGUCUCAAAGAGAUGAGGAUGUCCCCGAGAGGAGAGGAGGGGCAGCAGGCGAGCAUGUGUCCCAGACACGCUCCGUGUUGUCUAGCAUGGGUCCAGCAAGUCAGGGCAGCCAAGAGAGGCUCCAGACGAGAGACUGGAGGGAAGGAUCCCACUCCACGCACGCCUCCUGCCCACCGGGAAGCAUGGAUGCGGGACUGAGUUGUGUGGAUUCCACCAGGAGCAGACCGCAUCUCUCAGCCUCCAUCGUCCCAUGCUAAAAUGAGGGUAGUGAAAUUUCUCAUGGCCUCUCUGCUCUUAGCGAAUGUUGGGCAAUCCAGUAGUAGCUAUCUGCCUUCAGACCUUUCGGGGCCCCUGAGAACAUGGGAGUGCGUUCAGCAAAGACCCUUGGUCGGAAAGGGAUGCAGGUCCAGGUUAUAUUAAGGAAGAAAUUUUUUUCUCAUUAAUUUUUUUUUUUUUUUAGCAUAGGUUCUAUAUCAGUUUCUUUGGGCUUGUCUUAUGAGUAUCUUUGGUGUUUAGGACUGGGUUCUCUGCUUUCUAUAAAGCUAGGGUGAAAUUUCCCCUCGCCCCGGACACUGGGGAAAAAGAAAAGCAUUCUCUUGAGGUCAUUGUCUACCUGUGUGGGUGCUGUCUGUAACCACGGGAGCAGUGAGCCCAGUGCCCAGCCCAGGUCCGUCCGCUCUGCCUUGACUUGGGCCCCCCAUGCUGGGCCCAAGCAUAUGGAUAAUAAUGGAAUUGGUCAAUCAUUCAAAUGAUUCUGAACUUCCUCUCCUGUGUGUCACCAGCCAUAGUGUGACUGACUUGAAUCGUCUCCAAAACAAGGAGCCAUUUCUUGAUAAGUGGGCCUCGAGUGGCCUUUCCAGGGGCCACAAAUGUGGGAAAGGAUUUAUCAUAGUGGUGGGUUUCUGCGGGCCUCUUCUGCGGCUGGGAUCCUUGACGGUCAACAGUGUCGGCUCAGAGAGCCCAAGUCUGGCCCUUCCCUUGGGUCUCCAAGGUACUGUGGAAGGAACCGUGGUUAUACCGAGCCUUUCUUUGGAGGCACUGUACGGAUGUUUUAUUGUGUGUGUAUGUAGCCCUCACACUGAGGAAGCUUUGCAGUGCUGAGGCCCGUAAUUCAAAGAUGCCAUCUCUGGGUCCCUAAGACACUUGGCCUUGUGACUGGAAAGCGCUCUCUGAGCCUCUUCUCAGUGUUGGCCCCACACGGUCCUGAAGCUGUGUCCUCCGUUACCUGUGUCCCUCCCUAUCCCAGUGGACUCCUUGGGGCCUGGCUCCAUACUGCUGCCUCCUCCUCACUGUGCCUUAUUCUUGGUAGGUGCCCAGGCAACUUGGGAGUGAGUUAGGGAGGUGCCUAAGGGGAAAGCCCAUCCAUGUGCUUAUUGCUGUCACUUUAGGAUAAUUUUAAAACACAAUAUAAUUUGCCCUACCUGUUUAAGCCAGUGUUUAAAAACACACUAAACUAAACUCUUUUAUCAUUUAAAGUAACCAUUUUAGGCAAAUUUAGAAUGCUACCUUAGCUGCUAAAACAUAAUACAGAGUGAAAGCUUCCAGCAUCUUCCCAUAGACUUUUUGUCCAGGUACCCAGGCCGACUUCCAAAUGUUUACUAAGGGGGAAAUAAUAGAUGCUGAAUAGAAAUCUAAUAUGACUAAAAAGGAAAAUGUGGAAUAGUUUAUAACCAAGUGUUGAUUAAGUUUUGAUUCUACGACCUUUAUAUUACCCACCAUAAUGUUUUCAUAAGUUACAAGCACUUUCAAAAUAGAUGCACGAAAUACAGGCUCAUCUUUAGGUACCCUGAAGAUUUAGACCAGCACACUGAAUGUAGAGGGACUGAGUGAGGCUGUACACAUUGUGGAUAAGAUGACGCAUGGAUGGACAUGCUGCUCUUUGAGCAGGAUAGUCUGUCCUGAUCUGGAAUCCGUGUGAUUUUAAACCUCAGCAUUUGCAAGCUCCUUCCUUCCUCCUUGACUCACACAUGGAUUUCUGGACCUCCUAACCAAAGACUUCACACCAUACUUGAAAAGGACUUCUGCCUUCUAGGAGAUGACAUCAGAGUCCCAAGUUUAUCCAGCAGUUUAAUACCGUGCCUCAAGUUGUAGCACUUUGAAAAUCCCUUUACGCGCUUUGCCAUAGAGGGACUGUGCUUUUCCCAAAUACUCUGAUAUUUUACACAUCCUGCUACAUCUGAAAUGUGAAAAUGAGAGUCUAACCAGGUCUGGACCUCAUCUUUAGUGGCGCUCUUAUUAAACCUUUAAUUCCAAUGGA